GGGCGCAGCAUGGGCGGCCCGCGGGCCUGGGCGCUGCUCUGCCUUGGGCUUCUGCUCCCGGGAGGCGGCGCCGCGUGGAGCGUCGGGGGAGCCCCGUUCUCCGGACGCAGGAACUGGUGCUCCUAUGUGGUGACCCGGACCAUCUCAUGCCACGUGCAAAAUGGCACCUACCUUCAGCGAGUGCUGCAGAAUUGCCCCUGGCCCAUGAGCUGCCCGGGGAGCAGCUACAGAACCGUGGUGAGACCCUCGUACAAGGUGAUGUACAAGACGGUGACCGCGCGUGAGUGGAGGUGUUGCCCCGGGCACUCAGGGGUGAACUGUGAGGAAGUUGCAGGCUCGUCUGGCUUCGUGGAGCCCAGAUGGUCGGGCAACGCCAUGCGACGGAUGGCGCUUCGGCCCACAGCCUUCUCAGGUUGCCUCAACUGCAGCAAAGUGUCAGAGCUGACCGAGCGGCUGAAGGUGCUGGAGGCCAAGGUGGCAGUGCUCACUGUCACUGAGCGGGCAGUGCUCCCAACCCCAGCUGCCCCCGGGGACCCCGUCCCACUCUGGGGCUCCCCAGCUGCCCAGGGCAGCCCCGGGGAUGAAGGCCUCCGAGAUCGAGCUGGUGGCCAGGGGCUUCCUGGGCCCACUGGCCCCAAGGGAGACACUGGCAGCCAAGGCCCAGUGGGGAUGAGAGGCCCGCCAGGUCCUCAGGGCCCCCCAGGAAGCCCUGGCCAGGCUGGAGCCGUGGGCACCCCUGGAGAGAAGGGGCCUCCAGGCCCACCCGGGCCCCCUGGUCCCCCGGGGCCCCCUGGGCCCCCAGCCCCUGUUGGACCACCCCACACCCGGAACCCCCAGUAUGGGGACCCAUUACUGUCCAAUACCUUCACUGAGACCAGCAGCCACUGGCCCCAGGGACCAGCUGGACUCCCAGGCCCCCCAGGGCCCAUGGGUCCCCCUGGACUUCCUGGUCCCAUGGGCAUCCCUGGGAGUCCUGGACACAUGGGACCUCCAGGCCCCACUGGACCCAAAGGAAUGUCUGGCCACCCAGGAGAGAAGGGAGAGAGAGGACUGCGUGGGGAGCCUGGCCCCCAAGGCUCCACGGGGCAGCGGGGAGAACCUGGCCCCAAAGGAGACCGUGGGGAGAAGAGCCACUGGGGGGAGGGGUUGCACCAACUACGCGAGGCUUUGAAGAUUUUAGCUGAGAGGGUUUUAAUCUUGGAAACAAUGAUUGGGCUCUAUGAACCAGAGGGGUCGGGGGCAGGCCCCGUCGGCACAGGCACCCCCAGCCUCCUGCGGGGCAAGAGGGGAGGACACGCGGCCAACUACCGGAUCGUGGCCCCCAGGAGCCACAGCGAGAGAGGCUGAGGGCGGGGGCGGCCCUAGGGGCAGACCAGGCCAGGCUUCCCUUCCCAGCCUGGACUUGGCCAGCUGCCUCCAGGGACCGCCCAUCCAUAUUUAUUAAUGUCCUCAGGGUCCCUUCUGCCACCUAGGCCUUUGGGAUGGGCAAGUCUUAGUCCUGAUUCCCCGUGCAAGCCUAAUAUGAAGCUGAGAAGGGACAGUGGACUGAGAGGGAGGGGCAGCUCAGGCAAGAGGUGAGGCCUCGCUCAGGGCCCUGGGCCUCCAUCUCCCUCUGUGAAGUAGGAUGAUGCAGGCCUGCAGGGGAUGGGGGGCAGGUUCGAGGCUUGCCACCCCCUCCUCCCCAGCCAAACCUCGGGGAGCCCACCGUACCCCUCCUCUCCUUGAUUUCUGGUGCUGGGUCCCCACCCUGAGCUCAACAGGCAGGACACUGGGGAUUCCUUGCAUAGGUCCUGUCCCCCCGCAGCCCCCAGCCCCUCCCAUGUCCCAGGUGGGGGUGGGGGCAUGGAGAGGGAGGGGCCCCCUGGAGGUAGAGGUCUCCAGCCAAUAAAGGCCCCCAGUCUGAU